CUUUAAAAUGAACCCAAAUAUGAAUGACAACAACGUUACUGUUUUUGCAAUAUUAGACAAUCACUAUGGUGGAACGUCGUCUGAAUACAAAACCAACUUAAACGUAAACUAUUCCAUACAAAAUAUUGAAUCAAAUAUUUCGAAUCAAGAUGAAAUAAAUGGGAAUGAAAGUAAUAAGCAAAAUUAUGCUUUAUCUGCAGAUAAAAUUUGGACUAAGAAUGCAACGCUUAUGCUUUUAAGUUUGUAUGAAACAAAAAUACACAUGUUGGAAAAUCCAAAGAAAAAAUCUAAAAUGUGGACAGCAAUUGCAGAAGAAUUAAAAUCUUUAAACAUAGAAGUAACUUCAGAUCAAGUUAGAUGGAAAAUAAAUGCACUCACAAAAAGAUACAAGGAUUGUGUUGAUAAUGGGCAAAAUACAUCAGAUUUUAAAUAUUUUAAUGAAAUGCACCAAAUUCUCGGACGCUACAAUGACGACACUGGCACGUACAGACUAGCAUCAGGUGUACAGAGAGAUACAGAGGUAGUAAAAACUAAAACACUCAAGGCACCUUUUAGAAAAUUAAGGGCAGAAAGACGAGCUAAAGUAGAACUUGACAAACAAUGGAUGGAAUAUUUAAAAAAACAAGAUGAACAAAAGCAAAUUCGAGAUGAAAGGCUUGAGAGGAGUCUAAUAUUAAGGGAAGAAAAAUUACAGCUCCGAAAAAAGGAAUUGGAGCUUAAACAAAAUUUAGCUUUAAAAAAACUGCAACUAAAACAAAGAAAGCAUGAAGAACUUCUUAGAAUAGAACGAGAAAAAUGUGAAUUACUAAUGAAAUUGCUAGAUAAGAAUAAUAAAUUAACGAGAAUUCUCGAAUGAAUUAUGUCGAUGAUCCACUAGAUGGAUCCGUCGU